ACAUUUAUACAUCCGGGAAAAUACAUGUUUCAUUGUUCAAUCUGUAGUGGAACGGAGAGUCCGAGUCUGGGAUUGUUCCGGAAUGGUCAUGCCCUUUCUACAAGUCAACCUAAAUUACGCCUUUUUACUCCUUGACAAUCUGACCAAUCGGGUUCAGCUGUAUAUUUGGAAAGCAGUGAUGUGAGCCAAUCACCGAGCGAGAUUUUGACAGAAGGGGCGGAAAACAGACGUAAUCUAGGGUGUCGCGGUUGUGCCUGCAUUUGAAGGCGACGUCACGGCUGUCGUUUGUUUCGGGGUCUAAUCAUCGACAAAACAAAUAAUUGUAAUAAGAUCGUUAAUUUACACACUUUUUAACCUACGAAAAUUUAUAAUUCUUCUCGAUCGCAAGUCCCGAGGCGGUUGUAAUGACGGGGAAUGCCAAUAAUUUUAAUGAGCUCGUUGGUAGUUUGAAGAAAGAGUAAGUCGGGGAGGGGAGCCAUUUUGUCCCGACAGUGCGAGAGAAAGAGAGUGGAAAAGGGGGAAUCACACGGGAUACCAUUUUUUUUUUUAGUGGUUUUUAAUUCAAAUCCUGUAAGAAAACCCGUCUUGGUUACUCUUCGGUUACUGUUGCGACACGCUACCCCUGGUGGUAUAUAGCUAACUAGCCAACUAGAUAUCAACAUAACUCAAAUAUUACAGACCGUUCCUCUGCUUGUAACUCAGGCUGGCUCUAGACCUGCGGGAGAUAGUUUCUGCUCUGUCCGGCGAACACAACUUGUCUAUCGAUGGCGAAGAAGACCUACGACCUGCUCUUCAAGCUCCUGCUGAUCGGGGACUCGGGCGUGGGGAAGACAUGCGUGCUGUUCCGCUUCUCAGACGACGCCUUCAACACCACCUUCAUCUCCACCAUAGGAAUAGACUUCAAGAUCAAAACUGUUGAACUCCAGGGAAAGAAGAUCAAACUACAGAUAUGGGACACCGCUGGUCAGGAGCGGUUCCACACCAUCACCACGUCCUACUACCGAGGCGCCAUGGGCAUCAUGCUGGUCUAUGACAUCACCAACGCCAAGAGCUUCGAGAACAUCAGCAAGUGGCUCCGCAACAUCGACGAGCAUGCCAAUGAGGACGUGGAGAGAAUGCUGCUAGGCAACAAGUGUGACAUGGAGGACAAGAGGGUGGUACCAAAAGCCAAGGGAGAGCAGAUUGCCAGAGAACAUGGUAUUAGGUUUUUUGAGACGAGUGCCAAGGCCAACAUCAGCAUCGAGAAGGCUUUCCUCACGCUAGCAGAAGACAUCCUCAGGAAGACGCCCGUCAAAGAGCCCAACAGUGAAAACGUGGACAUCAGCGGUGGGAGUGGAGUCACAGGAUGGAAGAGCAAGUGCUGCAGUUAGAACAACCCUGUCUGUCCCUCACACACACACACACUAACGCACGGAAGCACACACACUCUCUCUAACCGCUAACUCAGUCUCUCUAACACUCGUCCCCUCUAUCUGUUCUCUCUCUCUCCAUCUGUUCUCACUGACAAUAAACCACUUCAGUCUUCUGUUCCCACCCCCAUGGUCUUCCCCCCCCUCAUGGUCUGAUGUCAUCUUUCUGAAAAUCAGUUUUGGUAAUAAGAGAUCAUGUUUCCUGUUUAUUUUCAAGGUUGCAAAACGCGAGUCAAAAAGUCAGUCACCUUUUUAAUCUUUUCUUUGCCUGAGUCCACCGGGUCCCCUCACCGUCGGUCAGGAAAAUACAUAAAACAAAAAAAUUAAAAGACAAAUGUAGGACUAACAUUUUGUACACUAGUGGGUUUCUGAGAUGUGUUGGGUCAUUUUGAGUUUUGUAACUGAGGGUUUAUUUUGUCCUGUGCCUUAUAUGGAAGACGGGGGCGGAGCCACAUCCACCCAAUAAAAUUUGUUUAAUCUUCUUGCUCCUCCCAUAGUGAGGCCCAGCAGAAAGAUUUGAAUUUCUGCUCCAACCAGAGAACAGCUUGUUAGGAUGUCUGCUCCAACCAGAGAACAGCUUGUUAGAAUGUCUGCUUAACGAUGGGGGAUUGUUUUACAUUUUGAUUUAUUUUCCUUUAUUUGGGGUUUAAUUUUUCAUGCAUGCAGAUGUGUUUGGGUUGGAAGCGUUUGUAAUACGUUGUUUCUGUAAUGUUGGAACACUCUCUCGGUUGUAUGGAAGGAGAUUGAACGUUCUCAAGAAAAUUCAAACAGUUUUGCAGAUCCAUUAAAAAUCAGCUUGUUUAAGUUACUGGA